AUGAAGAUCCUCAUUCUCACCUGCCUGGUGGCUCUUGCUCUUGCAAGCGAGACUGUGGAAAACCUUUCAAGCAGUGAGGAAUCUAUUACACAAUACAAGCAGAAAGUUGAGGAUGUUCACCAUGAGGAACAGCAGCAAAGAGAGGAUGAACACCAGGAUAAAAUCCAGUCCUCUUUCCAGCCACAGCCUUUAAUCUAUCCAUUCGUUGAGCCUAUCCCCUACCCUUUCUUUCCACAAAACAUUCUGCCUUUUGCUCAGCCUGCUGUGGUGCUACCUGUCCCUCAGCCUGAAAUAAUGGAAGUCUCUAAAGCUAAAGACACUGUCUAUACUAAGAACAAAGUGAUGCCCGUCCUUAAACCUCCAAUGAUGCCCGUUUUUCACCCUCAACUCCUGAAACACACUGCUCUUGAAAAUCUUCAUCUUCCUCUGCCUCUGUUCCAGCCCUUGAUGCACCAGGUCCCUCAGCCUGUUCCUCAAACUCUUGCGCUCCCUCCUCAGACUCUUGCACUUCCUCCUCAGCCCCUGUGGUCUGUUUCUCAGCCCAAAGUCCAGCCCAUGCCUCAGCAAGUGGUGCCCUACCCUCAGAGAGAUGUGCCUGCUGCAGCCUUUUUGGCCAAUCAAGAACUUUUACUUGACCCCACCCACCAGAUCUACCCUGUGACUCAGCCAUUUUUCCCAGUUCAUAAGCCCAUUAGUGCAAUUGAAGUAGCUAGUCAGGGUCAGUCUUCUGAAGCAAAGGAGAACGUGAAUUCUUCAGGCUACAAGAACAAAAAUAGAACAAAUACUGAAGAGAAAAAAGAUAAUAUUGCAUUUGUUUCUAGAUAA